AUGAACCCAAGUCUAGGUACAACAGGUUAUCCGGAGAGCACACAGUCGAAAUCUCCACAAAGGAGCAAUUCAUUGCCGAGCAGCAUUUGUAGUAGCCAAAUGCAAAGUUGUAAUUCUAAUGGAAAAGUCGGAGUGGGUGAAAAUAACAUAGAAACACAAGAGUUGGAUUCCAUUUGUUUUACCAACAAUGUGAGAAGGCUAAAUUGUCUAAACCUGCCGCAAGUACAUGGGUUUAUAAGUGAAGACUACAAAGUUAAACUACAAGAAGGAUCAAGCGGAUUGAUUUUAAAAGUACGAUCCAAAGUUGACCAAAGGUACUAUGUAAUUAAGGUUUUAAGCCAUGCAUGUAUUGCCCAAAAGAAAUCUUCUGAACAUUCCAGUACUGUGGUGACUAAUAUAAAGUCAAGCACGAGUCUAAGUACUAGUACAAUAAGAACACCAGGGAUCCAAGGGAAUUCAUGCGUUAGUAUCAGCAGAAUACACUCGCAUUUAUCAAUAGAACGAAAUUUGACAGUUAAGGAAAUGUAUACUUUGGAUUCGUUGAAUGAGUACAUGAUACUAAGGAAAUUGAACAGUAAGUAUGUGACUCCGGUGUAUGGGUUGUUUCGAUAUGAUGAACGGACCAGAAUAGACGGAGUCGAGUCGAGAAGCAACUCAUCUGGAGAUCAUGAAAAACCAUUGAAUCUAUGUAUUAUGCUGGAUUAUUAUCAAUAUUCUGAUUUACUACAUCUCAUAACGGAUAUCCGGAAAAGCAAUAUUCACGUCUCUAGCUUAUUCAAGGAUUCAAUUUUUUCUCAGCUUGUUAUGGGGUUGAAGUAUUUACAUGGCAGUGGAAUAGCGCACAGAGAUAUCAAGCCUGAGAAUAUAUUGAUUGACGAUAAGGGGGUGCUCAAGUAUGCUGAUUUUGGCUAUGCGAUUGAUACCUGCAAGAUACCGGAUUAUCCAAUAGACAAGGAAAGUUUUGUGUAUCGUGGCACUGCAUCAUUUAAGGCGCCUGAGAUUGUCAAUUUCAAGCUUAUGAAGAUAUUGUCCAAAUGUGACGAUAUUGGUGAAGUAUUUAGAUCGACAGAUAUUUGGUCACUUGCAAUAUUGUAUUACCAGAUGAGGUUUAUGAGCAAACCUUGGAGAACGGCAAGCUUAAGCGAUAAAGAAUACAGCAGGUUUGAGGAGAAGUAUAGGAUGAAGAAUAUAGGUGGUAUGAAGACGGGCUUUGACAUGGUGAGAUCGUUCAAGGGAGAGUUUUCCUUUACUACCAAUAUCAAGCUAUUAAAGGACGAUGCGAUAUUUGCGAUACUGAAAAUGUUGGAUCCCGAUAAUCUGAAGAGAUGGUGCAUUGGUGAUGUUUAUCGAAGUUCAUGGAUGGUGAGCACGCGGAUGUUGGUUGAGGAGUAUAGCAGAACACACAAGGGGGAGCCAAACGAGUUAGUCAAGGUUGCACGAAGUGUGGAAACAAGCGUAUAG